AUGGCCCCUGGCAGCCAGAGCCCCUCGUCCCAGGAGGUGGUGACCUUCAAGGAUGUGAUGGUGAACUUCACUGAGGAGGAGUGGGGGCUCUUGGAUGCUUCUCAGAAGGAGCUGUACAAGGAGGUCACACUGGAGAAUAUCCAGAACCUGCUGUCCCUGGAUUUGCAGCCCAACUUUGAAUGGAAGCAGAUGACUAGAAAACUGGGCCUUUUUGUGGAAGAAUGUGAACUACAAAGAUUCAUAAAGGAUGGUCCCUGUGCCUUGACUUUGAGGGAAAUCAUUGACUCUAACAUUGAAGUAGAUAACCUGAAGUCUGACUGUGAAAGAAUCCACACAGGAGAGAAGCCUUAUCAAUGUAAUCAAUGUGGAAAGUGUUUCAUAUGCAAGGGAAAUCUUACUAAACAUCAGAGAAUCCACACUGGAGAGACACCUUUUAAAUGUAAUCACUGUGGAAAGGCUUUCAGACAGAGUUCCAUUCUUGCUUUACAUCAGAGAAUCCAUACUGGAGAGAAACCUUUUAAAUGUAAUCACUGUGGAAAGGCUUUCAGACAGAGUUCCAUUCUUGCUUUACAUCAGAGAAUCCACACUGGAGAGAAACCUUUUAAAUGUAAUCAAUGUGGAAAAGCCUUUACAAACAAAUCCCUCCUUGUUACACAUCAGAGAAUCCAUACUGGAGAAAAACCUUUUAAAUGUAACCAAUGUGGAAAGGCUUUCAUAAGGAGAGCCAGUCUUGCUUUGCACCAGGGAAUCCACACAGGAGAAAAGCCUUAUAAAUGUAAUCAAUGUGGAAAGACUUUCACGCGCAGUGGAGGUCUUAGCAAACACCAGAAAAUCCACACUGGAGAAAAACCUUUUAAAUGUAAUCAGUGUGGAAAAGCUUUCAUAUAUAAAUACAGACUUACAGAACAUCAGAGAAUCCACACAGGAGAAAAGCCUUAUAAAUGUAAUUGAUGUGGAAAGGCUUUCACAUGCAAGAGAGAUCUUAACAGACAUCAGAAAAUCCACUCUGGAGAUAAACAUUUUAAAUGUAAUCAAGGUGGAAAGGCUUUUACACACAGUGCCUGUCUUGCUAGACACCAGAGAACUCACAUUGGAAAGAAACUUUUUGAAAGUAUUCAGUGUGGAAAGGCUUUUGCACAGCAGUGAAAUCUUGUUGAACAUCAAAUAACCCACACUGGAGAGAAAACUUAUAAAAGAAAUUAAUGUGCAAAGGCAUUGAGUUACAAAUCCUAGAUUGGUAAACAUCAGCGAAUGUUCAUUAAAGAGAAGAAUUAUGAUAAUAAUAAACAUGAGAUGAUUUCACAAAGAGUUCCCAUCUGGCUGUAUAUGAGACAAUCCACACGGGGGAGAAAUCUUAUAAAAAAUUAAAGGAGGAAAGGCUUUUAGCAAAGGCAGGGGCACAAGCCCAAACUGACUACCAAAUACUUCAUGGCAGCACAAAGAAAACUAUUCUACUGGCAGAGUACAUGCAGGACGCAGUGCCCUUUGGCAUGUCUUUGCUUCCAUUGUGGGCAUCCUGAACAUCAAAGUGUAAUGGUGGGUGAGGGCCAGGAAGAAGACUCAGUAGGGGAUUAGGCUGAGAGCCAGGGAGGAGUUCUGACCCUGAAAUACCUUACUGAACAUGGAGAAGUCACUAAUUGAAGGGGCGUGUAGACCUAGGGCCAUGCUUUCUAUAAUGUAUUGCAUGAGACCACCAGAGAACCCCUUGUGCUGCUCACAGAAGCCCCCUGACCCCAAAGGAAAGAAAGGAUGACACAGAUUAUGUUUGAGACCUUCACCCCCUUGCUUCAUUCACUGCCAUCCUGGCUGGCUGCCUCCCUCCCUCUGGCCGCAUCCCUGGAGUUGUGAUCAACUCUGAGGAUGAUGGGACUCUGACUAGCUGUGAUCUGACAGACUCCGGCAUAAUGAUUUGGACCCAGGACAUUUUCCCUCCUGCAGCUGCUGAGAGCCGGAAGGUGUGACAUCAUGAGCUGUGACUCAGUGCCCUGGAUUUUGUGCAGGAGCCGGCUUUUGCCACAUGCAGCUGCCUCUGGAAAAGAGCACUGAGUUUCCUGAGGGUCAGGUCAUCAGCCUUGGCAGGGCUAGAGCUGGAGCCAAGAAGCUCUCUGCCUGUGGAGUCCACCUAGCUCUCUUGAACUCCAUCAGAUGUGAUGUCAGUAUGGGAGAGCUUGCUGCCCAUCCUGGGAGCCAAGGGCCCAUACUCAGGCCUUGUUGGAGGGAAGCGCAAAGAGAUGACUGCCCCAGGCCCCAACCCAGUGAAAAUCAAGCUCAUUUCCCCACCUGAACACUUUGAUUUUUCUCUCAUCUUUUUCCUUUUUGAUCUGAUUUUUCUUGUGCGGCAAAAUAACUAUGGAAAUAUGUAUAGAAGAAUUGCACAUUUAACACAUAUUGGAUUGUUUGCUGAGGGGGCUGGGGCAAGGGACAGAAAAUAUUUAGAACACAAGGUUUUAUAACGGUGAAUGCUCAAAAUUAUCCAUACACAUUGUCUGUAAAUAAAAAGCCUUAAUUAAUAAAAAACAUUAAUCAUUCCAGAUAUUGUAUUAUGCAGUGUGACAGAGGGUUUCUUGCCUCCAGGAAGCCUGCCCUGCUUGAUAAAAAGCAGCUAUAUAACAUCAGUCCAAAUGUGGGAGAGGAGGCUGGGGUGGAGAAGGUACAGGUUUUGUUGUAUAUGGAAUUAAUGGGUUAUCUUAAAAAAAAAAAAAAAAA